CCAAGGAAAAAGAUAAAAUUCAGUUAAUAAUACAGUGAGAGUUGCUGUGAUUUUUAUUGAUAACAUUUGUUUAUUAUACAAUUAUUAACUUUGUGUUUUUUGUCGAGUGUCUAUUUCAUAUUUUCAAAGUUACAUCUACAAAUAAUCAUCUUAUGAUUAUCAAUAAGUUGUGGAAAGGGAUGAUAGUCUGAUGGAUCCAAAUCUGAUCCAUCUAGGACACUAAACUUAACUUGGUUCACACAAACCUUGGUUGGUUUGUAUGAAACGUCUAUAAAAUAGAUGGUUCGUAGGAACUAUAGUACCAAUUAUGGUUAAGCCAAGAAUAUUUGAUACAUUUAAAGAGAGAAGAUGAGGAGAGUUUGGAUUGCUUUUCGUAUAACAUAAUGCUAUAGUCCUCGUCAGCCAUGCUCAUCAAAGAAUACCGUAUUCCUCUACCUCUAACAGUAGAAGAAUACAGAAUAGCACAACUUUAUAUGAUAGCAAAAAAGAGUAGAGAAGAAAGUAGUGGUGCUGGUAGCGGUGUUGAGAUUUUAAUAAAUGAACCUUAUACCCAUGGGCCUGGCGGACAAGGACAAUACACAAAGAAAAUAUAUCAUGUAGGCAGCCAUUUGCCAGGAUGGAUAAAAGGCAUCCUUCCUAAGACGGCGCUUAUGGUCGAAGAAGAAGCCUGGAAUGCAUACCCUUAUACAAAAACCAGAUAUACCUGCCCAUUCGUAGAAAAAUUUUCAUUAGAAAUCGAAACUUACUAUUAUCCAGACAAUGGUCACCAGGAGAAUGUAUUCGAGCUGUCGGGCAGUGACUUGAGGAAUAGAAUUGUUGAUGUAAUAGACGUAGUAAAAGACCAAUUAUACGGUGCCGAUUACGUAAAAGAAGAAGAUCCUCUAUAUUAUGUUUCCGAAAAGUCUGGCAGAGGUCCAUUAUCUACAAAUUGGUUGGAAGAAUAUUGGGAUAGUGUUAAAGGAAAACAACAGCCAUCAACUAAUGGAAAAUCGCUUAUGUGCGCCUACAAGUUAUGUAAAGUGGAAUUCAGAUAUUGGGGCAUGCAAACAAAAAUAGAACGGUUUAUCCAUGACACAGCUCUUCGGAAGACAAUGCUAAGAGCUCACCGACAAGCUUGGGCGUGGCAAGAUGAAUGGCACGGUCUUACAAUGGAAGAUAUUCGAGAAAUAGAAAGGCAAACACAACUGGCAUUGAGAAGGAAAAUGGGCCAGUUAGGAGAUGAGAUUGAUGAAGAUGACCAUGUAGGUAAUAGUACGUCAAAAGAAGAUCCUGGUAAAACUUUAGCUGCUACUUUAGGAAGUAUAGAAGUAGCCGAAGAUAGUCCUUUGAUGACGAAAAAUUCAAAUAUUCCUGCAAUACAAACAGCUGGUAGCUCAGAUACAGAUCUAUCACCUGAAGAUGACAUGGGCAUAAUGAAGAGAGAAGAUAAAUGGCAACAAUCAAGAACGCUCCAUUCGCCAAGUUCUUCCUCCAUAAAAAGCUUUGACUUACAAGUUGCAAAUUGGCGUAUAAAAAGCCUUGGGAGGGAUUCAGGCUCGUCUUCUGAUGAAGAAUUCUUUGAUUGUGAGGAUUCUUCUUCAUUAGCUAAGUGGAGUUCAUUGGAGCUUCUUAUGGAAGAAGAUCAAGAUACAACGUCUCCUAUAAAUCAUGUUUCACAACAAGAUGUUGAAGAUAGUAUAUUUUCACCAACGUACCUUCAACGAGUGGCUAGUGAAAGAGGAAAUAGAAGAGCAAUGUUAAGGGGAAAAAUCAAUUCUGUCGAAGCAUCUUGUCCGGAAUCACCAUUAGCAUCUCCUGCCCAUAAUCCUUGUAAAACAACAGUAUUAAUUUUAGUCCUCCAUGCCGGUAGCGUGUUAGACGCUAAUGUAGACUUGACUGCAAAGAAGUCUGAUAUAACAACGUUCAAAGGGGCAUUCGAAUUGGUAAUGCGCCAACAUUAUCCUUCCUUGAUAGCUCAUGUAGCAAUAAGAUUGGUAUCUUGCCCUUCCAUUUGCACAGAAGGCUUAGGGAUUCUAUCCAGCCUUAGCCCUUACAGUUUCGAUGUUUCACCAUCUUGUACCGAUGUUCCUCAGAUAACACACGACUCGAUUCCUAUUGGUGCUAUUCCUAUUUUGGCUUCUUCAACCUCAGAGUAUGCGGAAGCCGUUUCUAGGACAAUCAGUGCAGCUAAUACUGCAUAUCAAGAAUUCAUAAAGUCUGAAGAAGGUCAAGGUUUUGCUGGCCAAGUAUGUUUCGUAGCAGAUUCAAUGGGAUCAAUAUUAGGUUAUGAUGCUCUGUCUAGAACUACUAAAUAUGCUUCAAGGCAUGGAAGUGAAAACAGUAUACUGGAUAGUGAUUUACAAAAAUUAGAUGAAGUACAUAUAAACGAAUCUGGUCAUUUGACUGCACCUACUCCCCGACGAAGAUCAUCCUCUACUAGUGAUCAACAAGGUCAAAUAAAGUUAGAAUUCGAAGUAUCAGAUUUCUUCAUGUUUGGAAGUCCUCUCGCUUUAGUACUUGCUUAUAGAAAAAUUUCUUCUCAAGAUGAUAAAUUAAACAAUAUAACCCGUCCAGUGUGUCUACAAGUGUAUAAUUUAUUCCAUCCAACUGACCCUGUUGCCGCCAGACUUGAACCUCUGCUAUCUGCUAGAUUUUCCAUUCUCGCACCUGUAAAUAUUCCACGAUACGCCAAGUAUCCAUUAGGAAAUGGUCAGCCAUAUCAUUUAGUCGAAAUUCUUCAGUCGAAUCCCCAAAUGUUCAAUGAUAACAUACAACCUAGACGUCUAUCAGAAGUCUCGAUACAAAGCACUGUUUCGGGACUGAUUGAUAUUCCCUUCCAAGCUAUUAAUGCUUUGCAACAAAAAUGGUGGGGUAGUAAACGAAUGGAUUAUGCACUGUAUUGUCCAGAAGGUUUGUCAAAUUUUCCGACAAAUGCUCUUCCACAUUUAUUUCAUGCCAGUUAUUGGGAAAGCUGUGACGUUAUUGCUUUCAUAUUGAGACAAAUAGGGGGAAUAGAAGUGACAUCUUUGCCAGGUGAUAAUGACAGAGAGCAAUCUUUCAGACCCGGACAGCCUAGAGAAAAAUGGAUAAGGAAACGAACAUCCGUUAAACUUAAGAAUGUGACUGCAAAUCACCGAGCUAAUGAUGUUAUUGUCCGAGAAGGUGCGGCACAGACGCUAACAGCAAGGUUCAUGUAUGGACCUUUAGAUAUGAUUACACUGACUGGAGAAAAAGUGGAUAUCCAUGUUAUGAAAGAUGCUCCAUUGGGAGAAUGGUCACAUUUGGCAACAGAAGUUACUGAUAAAACUGGACGAAUAACAUUUACAAUUCCAGAAGAAAAGUCGCUAAGUUAUGGGUUAUACCCAAUUAAGAUGGUUGUUAGAGGAGAUCAUACAGCAGUAGAUUUCUUCUUGGCCGUGGUUCCUCCGAAAACUGAAUGUAUUGUAUUUAGUAUAGAUGGUUCAUUUACAGCAAGUGUAUCUGUCACUGGACGCGAUCCGAAAGUUAGAGCGGGCGCAGUGGAUGUAGUGAGGCAUUGGCAAGAAUUGGGAUUCCUAAUCAUCUAUAUCACCGGACGACCUGAUAUGCAACACAGAAGAGUAGUAUCUUGGUUAUCUCAGCAUAAUUUUCCUCAUGGUUUGAUAUCAUUUGCAGAUGGAUUAUCAACAGAUCCGCUUGGUCACAAAGCAGCUUAUUUAAACAACUUAGUUGAGAACCAUGGUGUAGUUAUACAUUCAGCUUAUGGUAGCGCAAAAGAUAUCAAUGUAUAUACUUCUGUUGGAUUGAAACAAAAGCAGAUAUUCAUUAUUGGCAAAGCUACAAAGAAACAACAAUCUCAAGCUACCAUUUUAACAGAUGGUUAUGCAGCACAUUUAACAAUGUUAAUGUCACACGGUGGAUCACGGCCGGCUCAAGGUAACGCCAGAAUGGUUAUACCUAGAGGACAUUUCGGUCUUCCAGGACAAAGUUUUUCCCGAAGAAGAAGCCGUUCUGCAAAGAGAGCUACGUCUUAUCCGAUAGUUCCUGAUUCAACACAACUAAUGGAAAGAUCGUUGAGUACCCGAAGAUAUCAGUUGCCGAAACCGAUGCUCUCUAUUUCACUAAUUGGAAAAUAAAGUUACAGCUAACAAACUAUCUACUACUUUCUUCCAAAACUGAAAUUUUAAUGCCGUGUAAUAAAAUAUUAUUGUAAUUAGCAUUUAAAUUGCAUAAACAAUCAAAAAUAUUGAUUUAUUAUAUAUUUGUUCAAUUCACUAAUUUAAAAUAUAACUAAAAUAAAUAUAGAUACUAGUCAAUACGUUUCCCCUAAGUUGUACAUAUUACAAAAGUGACGCAUUUAUAUUAAACAAUUUGUAAAUAUUUUUAUUGAUAACAACGCGUUAUUUGUUAAGAAAAUAUUGUUACAUUCAAUACUAUGUGGACAAUUGUAUACGUUAUUUAUAGUUUCUGAAGCAUAUUAUUAUACAGAUUAUUUCACAAUAAAACAAGAUCUGUAGCACUAAACUGUCGGAAUGGGCAAAAUUAGGAACUUGUAAAAUGUUUUAUAUAAUUUUAUAUAAAGUCAGUUAGUCACAUAUUUUUAUUGUUUAUUGUGAAAAAUCCUGUAUGCCGUUUAAAUACUAACAUAUAUGUUAUAUAAUUUUUCAAUUCUUAGACCUAUUUAUAUACAGUCCUGUGAUUCAAAGAUCUGGAUUUCAACUUUCAAUAGUUAUACGAAAAAGAGGUAUAUAUAUAUAUAUAUAUAUAUAUAUAUAUAUAUAUAUAUAUAUAUAUAUAUAUAUAUAUAUAUACAGUAUAUAUUCUGUACUACAGAUAUCUAAUUUUUUUUCUCAUCAGUCUUCAACUGAUUCCACUUCUACACAAGCUACAAUUUGGGCUUCACUUGUGUUUUUAUUCUACAAUUUUUCUCAACGCUUUCCUUUCUCAUAUAAGCAGUUUUGUUCCUUCAGCCUUUGUUAAAAUCUAUAUUAACUUCCGUAUGUUAUAGUUGGUCAUAUUAUUAUCCUGUGUAUUUUAAUUUUGGCUGCUCUAGAUAACUCCUUUUUAUUUUAUUUAUCAAUUAAUUAAUGAUUCAUAGCCUUUCUUCCUUUUGGCUAUUCUCUUUCUUAUUUCUGUCAGCUCGUUAAUCUCCAAAAGAAACAAGUAUCAAUCCAUAUUUGAUAUUCGAAAUUUAUAAAAGAAAAUCAUGUCUUCUUUCCCAUAGUUUUAUAAAAAAUUUAUAAAAAUCCUCAUUUUUGGUUUCGAUUUCGCACCAGAGAUCUUUGAAUUGUUGAUGAUUUCUCAAUCUAUUUUCUAAAUAUUGAUAAAUCUGACCUAUAUAAACACCAACAGAAUUAUUGCAAGAAACAUUAUAAACUACUAUUUUUGUGUUUUAGAUUUUGACUAUUAAAAUAUGUUGAUAAUGUAAUAUGUCUGCCAUAUAAGGAGGAGAGGUGUUACAUAUAUAUUUAUUGAUUAGAUAAUUUUUAUUGUGGAAAAUAUUAUAUUCUUCAUAAAGCCGAAUAGAGUAAAUACAGCAACUCCAUUAUUAUGCAUUUUUAGAUCAUAUUACGUAAAUUGGAAAUAGGAGUUUUUAUAUUCCAUUUUCUUUUCAAAACUGCCAUGGUUCUAAAUUAACAACAAAAACGAAAAAAGUUUUUUAUAACAAACAAAAUUAAUUACGUCAGUUUGGGGAUCUGAACUGUUAUUAGUAACAAGCAAUAAAUGCCCUUGCCUAUAAACUACUACUACUAUGAUAACAUAUGAGGAAAGCAUCAUUUGGAGUUGUCGAGAAACGACCUAUUUAGCUGCUACAAAAGUGCUAAAAGCAUUUAGCGCCAUAUUUGAAAGAACCAAGAAACAGAACAUUAGAGAGACAGUAAUAUUUUCUAAUAAACGAAAUAAACUCCAGAAGUUACUUGGUUCGUAUUCUAUUUCUUUUCUAUUCUUAUCUGGUUAAAAACUUGCGACAAAAUAGAAGUCUCAUGCAUCUAAUUCUCGAAGGUGUUCAGCUUUUUUAUGAAAAGCUUGAACCCAAAAUUCAGGUAGUUAGAAAAUAAACAAUUUGUACUGAAGAAGAAUUCUACUUUUUUAUGAAAAUGUUGAGGUGCAAUGAAUAUAAUAAUUAGACAAAUGUUCUGUAAAAGAUAUUCAAGUUUAUAUAAUAAAUUGAUAUAUUAAAUCAUUUGUCUGUAAAUUAAAAAAAUUGUAAAAAGUUGCAUUUUUAAUCUUUUCUUCAUUGAUGGAAAUUCGAAUAUAAAAAUUCAUUCAAGCUACUUCAAGAUAAUGUAACAACAAUGACAUUUAUAUACCUAAAUGCAAAUCAUGUGGUCUACAAUAACAUUACAAAGUUAAAGUUCGGCAAUAUUACGAUUUACAAAUCGCUGAAUAAAGAGUUUAUAUAUGUGUAUAUGAAAAAGUGUCCGUCGAAAUGUGUUGAAUAAGGAUGGCGCCACAUUAGCGUCAGGGCCAAUUUAUUUUUGGUUAUAUUUACUACAUUAUUUUACCCAACACAAGUCUUUGAAAUUUUCAAUAAUAAACUACUCGAGUCAGAAUUAUAUUAAAUUUUGUAAUUCUGCAUACCUCAAUUCUUCUAUAAUUGCUAAAUUCAUACAUAUUGUCUACAUCUACACCAAUGUCAUUCUGGGAUACUUCUGAAAUGUUAUUUAUCGUAACCAGUUGGAUACUUUUUGAACUUUUCUCUCAGAUGAGAUGUUAAGAGAGUGAAUUUGUUUUCAUUUCAUCAUAUUAUUACAAAACGGCAUUAUUUAUUAUUUUUUAAUGUAUGGACUUCACUUUUGUUGUUGAUUUCUACGAAAAAUUGAAAACUAUAGCAUUUUUAAAUAAAAGAUCUUUCAAAUGAGCCAGCAUAUAAGCUCCUACGUUGCAACAUUCACCUGAUGGAGGUUUUAGAAAUAUAUUAGAACAGUUCUACAUAAUUUUAUGAAUGGCAAAAAACGUUUGUCAGAAUUAUGUAGAAAAAGGCAUAUUAACGGAGCUAAUGUAUUUAUUCCAUUUAGAUGGUAUAUAACCUUAAAUUUGACAGAAACUAGUGUAACGACGAAAAUCAAUUCACAAAAGCUUUGAAAUGUGUAUUGUUAUAGAAUUAACUAUAAAUUUAAUAAAGAUAUAAAGGCUAAAACGUCGUAUAUUAUAUAUAAAACAAAUUACAUUAAUUAUCAAAUUAUGACAAUUAUUAAGAAUUAUUAUUUGAAAAAAUUAAUAUAAAAAGGUAUAAGAAGUAAAAAAAUAUGGAAAUUUAAACACGGAGUAUUUCUAAAUUCAUGCGACAAGACUCCAGAGAUAUAAUUGCUAGUAUAAAAUCAUGUUGGGUCUUUCCUUUAACAAAAUUUCCUCUAUAAAGUAGUUUUAUUUUGUUCUCAAAUUUAAGCAAGAUAAAAAUUUUAAUACUAGUAUUUUUCAGCAUUCCUGUUAUAUUAUAAUACAGGGAGAUUAGCAACUCUUAUUUAUUAUUCAAUAUUUGGAGAUUUGAUUUCGAAAAUAAAAAUAUAUCCUUGAAUGAAUUCAAGGAUUGAUUGAUUCUAGAAAAUAACUAGAUAUAUUUUCAAAUAAAUAGCCAUUUUAAAUAAUAUUAUCACAUUCUAAAUCUAAAUUUUGGAAAGAAGAUUCAAUAUAUAAAUAAAUAAGCUUGCUAAUUUCACUCCCUCAUAAUGUUACAGAAAAUUACCAGUGAUUUCUCAUUUGCAAUUCGAAAAAACAAAAUAAGAGAAAUUCUAUUCAACUCCUUCUAGGGGUGAUAUUCUCGACAUGAAAAAUUGUGCCAAAGUAUGCUAUCAUAUGCAUAUUUAAAAAUUCACAUAAAAAAUUAUUUUUUUAAUUUCAGUAUACAUAUUGUGAGAUUGAUAUUUUAUUCUAUUUAUAAAAUUAAGGUAAGUAAAUAAAAUAUAUUUCGAAAGAUAUUCUGAUGCACACAGUUUUUGAACUUGGUACAAAAACUAAACACAAGAGAUUCAUUCGUUUGUAUUGUUUCAAAUCCAGAAAAAUGUGAAUGAGCAGAGUAGCGAGAUAUCAUUUUCUUGUUUUUUAUGGUGCAAAAAACAGCUAACUGGGCACAAAUAACCUCAGUAAAAAUAAAUUUUUCAAUAUUUACUGCAAAUGAUAGCAUAUUUAUGUAUAAUUUUUUAUAGUAAAUUCCAAAGUGGUCGGUAUAACUUCUUAACUAAAUUACUGUCAAAACGUUCUUACUAAAUAUUUUAAGAUUUUUAAGUUAUAUAAGUAAGGUGUUAGUAGAUUUGAAGAUUUAGGUUUUAUUAUUUUGAAAUGCAGUGAAUCUUUUACAGGUUAACUAGCAAUAUUUUAUAAAAAAAUUUCGUAUUGUUGUAUAUAUAAGGAAUCAGAAAAUUUAUAUAUAGUAAAAGCUAGUUUAUGUGUUGUUGAAAUCGGAAGAAAAAGUAUAUUUAAUACAUCUGGAUUAAAAAAAGAACUAAUUGAUCAAAUAUCAAUAUACAGUGUUCAAUAUCAUUACUUACAUUUCAAUAAUUUGGGGACAAUCAAUUUUAUUAAUAAGUGGAAAUAAAAUUUUUGUAAAUGGUAUGUUUAUCGAUAAAUAAAUAUAAUAUUUUAUUUUUCAAUUGGAUAACAAAACUCUUAUUUUUCGUCGUAUAAUCAUAUAUGUACAAUGUGUCCAUUUAAGUUCACAGCAUGUGGGAAUUUCUAAUAACAAAAUUAAUAAUAAACUUAUUAUUAAUAUUAAAAAGGUUAUUCUUAAUAAGUCCUGCAUGGUGUAAAAUCUAACUUGAUACCAUCAGCUAUUAAUUUUUUAUGAUAUUAAAAAUAGUUAUUAAGCAUUUCUAUAAACUGUUGAAACAAUAAUUUUAUACAUUUUCCUAUUGUUCACCCUAUAACAGUAAUAAAUGCCUGAAUACAUUUUUAAAGAAGUUGCUAUGAUAUUUACAUAUUCGAACUCAGCGGCGACUGAGGGGGAUGAGGGGACUAGACCCCCAAGAGCCAAAAAAUAUAAUAAUUAUAUACUGCAAGAUAGAUAAUCAUAAAACAUAUCGGUUGAUAGCUGAAACAUUCAAUAACAGGCAUCAAGGAAAAGAUAGAAAAUACGAAAUUAAUGAGAAUUAUGGAAAAGUUCAAAAUAUGACGGUAUUGAAAAUAAAUGAUGGAAUUAGAUUUGAUGCUACCUAUUGUACAAAAUACUCCAUAUUCUCUGUGCAAGAGAGAAUUGUUCCUUAAAAUGAAAAGUAAAAGUGCAAUUUAAAAAAUUUUUAAGAUAAAUAAGUUUCAACCGAAAUUUAUUCACACAAUCAAUCUUACGAAAUUAGAAUUUUGUAUUCUUAUCAAAGAAAAACUUGAUGAUCAUUUUAUUGCUAAAAAAUAUUUUUUUCAGACAAACUAUUUCAAAUGGUUAACUCCCAGAAUUAUGCAUGAUUAAUGUUCAUUAAAAACAAAUAUUUGGUAUUUAUUUAUCGAACCGUUUUUUUUUGGUAUUUCAUGACUUCAUAUCGAAGUAUUCAAGACUCAAUUGUUUGGUUUUAUUAUUCAUCUAUUGAAAACCAAAACAAUGGUUUGUUCCUGAAUCCCUGCUAAUCAUUCCUUUAAAAGAAAUUAGAAAAACUCGAAUAGGUCUCUUUCAAGUAUAUUGAUGUCGUCAUUUAUCAAGAUAAAAAAAAUAGAUGCUGAGAUAACCUCAAGGAUAGCACUAUAGAAAAAAUUUAUGAUAUAAAUGCAGAAUUCAUAUCUAAGAAAUCGACAAAGCUUAACGUUUAUCGUACUUGCCUACAUUAACAAACUGUGCUAUAUUAUUGGUUCCCACCAUAAAACGGAUCAGUCGAUUGCAAACCAUAGAAAUGAGUUACCUACGCAGAAUUGACGGGCAGACUCGACGUGAUUCGUAUUCGUAAUCAAAUUUCCAAAAUGACCCUUAAUAUAAAACUGAUCCAAACCCAUGUUAGUAGUAUGCAGUAAUCAGAUUAUCCACGUAACUUAUAAAACCCUACAUGAAGGCAAAGAACAUGUGGCAGGCACUGAGUAGGUAGAUAUCGUCAAAAGAUGAAAAGAAAGUCAAUUGUUUGAGUCUCUUAAUGACUUAUCAAUAAAUAAAGUCCACAGGUAUAGUACUUCCAGGGUGGUGCAGUAUAAGUGCUUGGAAAUAAAGUAAUAUUUGGAAAAUGCUUUUGAUGGAAAAUUAAUACUAAUAUAUUCAAAGAUUUUUGGCUAGCUUGGUUAUCAGUUUUCAGUUCAUAAGAUUAUUUAUUCUGGGACUACUUAGAAGAAAUUGUAUACAAACAACGACCAAAAUUUGGAAAGAAUUUUUACUUUACGCCAUUUAGUGAUACGAUACAGUAUUUAUUCUUAAAUCAUUGCAUUAUUAUUAUGUAUCACUUUAUUUAUGAAAGAUUGUUUAUUAGAUAGUAGUUAAAAAAAUUAUUAUUCAUAUUUCUCAAAAUACCUCAUGUAUGAUGGGGGAAAGUCCAAGAACUGAUAGCUACAUUUUAGGUUUUUACCUUGCAGACCAGUAUAAGAAGAAACAUUCUUUUUAAUAUUAAAAUAAAAAAGUUUCGAUCUUGAGCUGACACAUAAUAUAUUUUUAUCUACUUUCAAUUUGAGUAUUGAGUAUCAUUUCAUUUGAGUUUUUAUGUUAGUUGUUGUAUAAUUUCUAUUCCUUUUUAUAUUUUUAUACUAUACAUUUUGCAAAAAUUCAUUGGUAUAAUAGGCUCGAAAAUGUGUAUAUAUGUAUAAGUGAACUUAUGUAACAAUACGUAUUAUUUCAAAUUAAAUCGUUAGUUUUGUGUUUUCUUUGUAAAAUAUUUAAAAUCCCGUGAAAAGACUUUCAAAUGAUAACGAUUGUUGUAGUUAAAUCUACUUUAUUAAGUACAAUCAAAAUAUUUUAACCUUUUAAAUGAUCUGACAUUAUAAAAUUAUUGUAAUUAGAGAGCGAAAAUUGAAGAUAUAUGUAAAUAGUAGUGAUGAAAAGCUACUAUGCAUUAGAUAUGCUAAUACCUAAAUUUAAGAACUAUAAAAACAAAUAAAUAUUUUAUUGAUUUGAAGUGAAAUAUUAUAAUGAUAUGCACAUAUGCUCAUCAAUCUUGGAAUAGAGACUUUGUGGUACGAAAACUUGUGAUUCUCUUUCAAAGAAGAGUGUGGAGAUAAAUUCAACAUUGUUGUUAUUUCUGCUUAAUUUUCAUUACAUACAUCUAAUCAUUUAUGCCAGAUCUAUCUUUUCAAAUGUAUUUUUAUCUAAACAAUAUUUUUAACUAUAAAAAUGUCUCAUGAUCAGUAGCUUAUUAUGUAAUGAAGAAGUUUUCAAAUGUAAAUUUCAUAAAUUUCUUCCGAUUUGUGUACAUUAGAAUUAAUAAACUGUUGAUACAAAUUUAGUGUUAUA